AUGGUAGAAGAUGAAAUUCAUCUUCUUGAUGAAUGUUAUUUAUAUGAUAGUUAUAGGGUGGAGUUAUUGAUAGAUUUAGAAAAGUGUGGGGUACUAUAUGAAGUUAUUGGAGAAAAAUUUAAGGUGCAUGAAAUUGCACUUUAUUCGCAGAGGUUUGUGGAGUGGUUUGAAGAAAAGCACAAAGAGAAAUUUGAAGAAGUGGAUGGCAAAAUUAAAAAGUUUAUUUAUUCAGUGAUGAAGUGUCGAGAGAGAAAUGCUGAGUUUCAGCGGUAA